ACGGCUCGCAACUAAUCCAUGAUCAAUAUGUUCGCGUUAUCACCAACUUGGCCGCCUUCAGCCUGCAUCGAAUUGGAGUCGGAGCAAUAUUCCAUAAAUCAAGACCAGUACUGCGCCGGCCAGAGCUAUGGCAUCCACGAAGACCCCCAGACAUUCGAGUCUGCUCGUCAUUUGAUCCCUUCCUCUAGCUAUCAUAAACAAGUCGGGCUUGACCCUCACGCUCAUGUGACAGCACCAACGGCGCCUGUUGGUGGUGGUCGUGGUGACCCAAAAAUGGUUCAAAAGCUUAAUCACAAUGCUAGCGAGCGUGAACGUCGCAAGAAGAUGAAUGGUCUGUACUCCUCUCUACGUUCGCUGCUUCCAGAGGCAGAUCAAAUGAAGAAAUUAAGCAUUCCGACCACAGUUUCACGGAUGAUAAAAUACAUACCGGAGCUGGAACAACAAGUGGUGGGACUGAUUCAAAGGAAGGAAGAGCUUUUAUCGAGGAUUUCUAGGCUGGUAGAUCAAAAUACUCAUCAAGAAAACCAACCUUUUGGAUCAGUUGCUGCUUGGAGCUCUUUGUCUACUGUUUCAGCUAGUCGGGUUAAUGAUAGAGAAAUUGUGAUUCAAAUACCAACAUGUGAAGACCAGAAGACUCCACUAUCUGAGAUCCUUCUCGCUUUAGAGGAGGAUGGACUUCUACUACUUAAUGCGUCAUCCUUUGAGGUCUUUGGAGGGAGGGCCUUUUAUAACUUGCAUCUUCAUGAGGUUUGUUUUGUACAUAUAGCUUCUUUUAAUUGCUUCUCAAUUCUCAAACUCAUCCUGUACAAGAUAACACUCAAAUUCUCGAUCGUCCCCCUGCCCUCCCCCCAUGUGGAGGGAAUCAAAGAACAAAAAGAAAAUUUCAAACGAAAUGAGUUUGAGCAUAGCAAAAUUUCAAACUAG